GUGCAAUUAUAAGAAGCCUCAGAGGAGGCAUGUGUUCAGUUGUUGAAACCCUUAGCCUAAGGAUACGAGCUGAAGCACCAAACUCUCUGACAGGAGGAGAACUCUGAGAGAAUAUCUUUACGUCACCAAUACAGACUGGAGCCAAGUCCCGUAGGCUUCAUUUCUCAGAUUCUCCCACUGUUGAACCCCGACUCCAGUUUUCUACCUGCUGGGCUCCUGUUUGCCGCUGCUUGUCUGGGUGUGCUGAGCGAUGAAGAUCCCUCUGUGGUGCCUGGUGGUGCUGCUGGCAUGUCUCUUCACCCCUGGACGCAGUGACUGCCAGGGCCAAUGUGCGGCCUGCAGUCUGCUCCUGCAGCAGCACCAACAGCUGCAACAAGCCUUCAACACCAUGAUGUGUUUGUUGGAGUGUGAGGGUCACGUCUCCGCCUCGUUCACAUGGGAGGUGUGUAAACGUGCUGUCAAACUGUCACAGCAUCCUCUGUUUCCUGAGGGGGGCGCUCUGUUCAAGCGAACAGGGGAGGAGCUGGAGUUGACCCCCCUUGACCUGAACUCUGACAGUGAACUGCUGCAGGACGAGAUACCACUCGAGCAGCGCAGUGUCCACUAUGACUCAUCCCUGCUGGAAUCCUCUGAGGACGGGGAGGGCCUGCAGGGGUUGGAUCUCAGUCUGGUGGAUGAAGAGAUGAAGUUGAGGGAGGAGAGGAACGUCGAGAGCGACAGCCAGCUAGAGGUGGAUGAGGAUGACAGCUCAGAGGCUGCCGUCACCUUAUCCAAGCGCUUUGGUGGCUUUCAGAGAGGGCGCCACGGAUACAGGAAGCUCAUUGGCUCACACAUAAGGCCCCUACAGAAGCGCUACGGCGGGUUCAUAGGCGUCCGGAAAUCUGCCCGCAAAUGGAACAGUCAGAAGCGAGUGAACCAGCUGCUCAGACAGUACCUGGGCAUGAGGAGCAGCCGCAGCGGCAGGUUCAACAACGUCCCUGUAACUCGGGUCUGGAGGCAAAACAAACUGUGAUGGGUUUCUGUUGCUCUCACAGGAUCCGGCCCCAGUUACCUCAACCAAUCAAUCAUGUUUCCAGCAGCUCCCUCCAGUUUGAACUGUGACAUCAUCACCACCAUCCUCAUCAUCAUCAUGAUCAGAAGAAGAACAGACUUCACCAUCUCGCUCCACCACUUUUUGUGUCUCUAAAUAACAAGGAAUGUUUUGACCGUGCUGAUUGAGCAUAUUCACAUGCCAUCCUGUCAAAUAAAAGAAUAAGCGAAGUGCAAUUGAAUAUAUUUUUGUGUGUUUGUAUAAUAAAAGGGCCCAAAUGAGAUUGGAAAACUGGUUCAGUGCAAGGUUUGUCAGAUGUGACAUUUGAAAUCAUGUUGAAUGCACUUUCAUGCAUGUGUGGAUGGGCCGUGUCUUUGCACUCUGUGGUUAUGGGAACUAUAAACUGAUGUCCAGCUCACAUUAAACGGACUUGUGUUUCAAUAGAUAGGUUUCCCAUUUUUAAUAUGGCAAGUUUACAAUCUGGCACCAAACAAAUCCUGUUCAGCAGACUCAGAUAGAAGGAGCAAAUCAGAAAACUGGAGCUGGACCAACAGUGUGCUUGAAUCCGUUGUAAAUAUGGUCGGACAGUGAAAUUGCUGCAGCACAAACUGUUCUUUAUUGGUAUAAGAGUCCAAUAUUCUGCUGAAGGAACUUAACUUAUUGGAAACAAUGGAUGUAAAAAUAACACUGAGCUUUAAACCUCAGCUAAACUCUGCAUCCUAUUAAAAAAACAAACUGGCUGCCAUUGUUUCAUUCCUCCUGUUUCUGAUUUUGGUCAUCAAGCCGAGGAGAUUAGCUGUAGGUUUGCAGGCUUCCUGUCAGUGGAACAAUACUGACCUCUAGUGUUUGAGGAGCAAACAUGUUCUUGGAUCAAUUUCUGUCAAUUCUUUGGAUUGGAUAGGCUCCCUCUUUCUACUGUUUGGGUGAAAUCAUAAAUAAGAAGACAACAAACCCAAAAAUGAGGCUGGUUCAUGGUUGAUAUAUCAUAUUUACCAUCGAAGGAACUGUACAGACAUUUUUCAGGAGGAGAAGGGUGUUGAACUUUAUGUUGAACUUUUUUUCUUUUUAAAAAAAAAUAGAAAUACCCUUCCCUGUGUUAAUAAUAUUUUAUUUGGACCCUCCCCUUAAGGAAACGACAACAUUCACAGACAAAUAACAAAAAUAAGUAUUAAUAAAUAUAAAUUGUUACAAUUUAUCUUCCUGCUAAUAAUUGAAAUAACGAAAGCAUUAAAAAAUGAAUUAGGUACAGCUAGAAGAACAAACAGAAGUUUGAUCUUUUUUCUUUUGUAAAAUUACGUGAAACUGGCAAAUACUGGCACAAAAAAAACAAAUUCAAUCGACAAUUCCUGACUUCCCUUCUAAUAAUUUUCACAAUGUCCAUAACUUACUCUGUAAUUAUGGAAAUGAAGGAGCUAUAAUUAAAAUUUGGGAGGAAAAACAAACUAAUUUCCAGUCAGUCCUCAAACAUUCCUCCUCCUGGGGCUUUUUGAUGAGCUGUUAUUGUCACUUUGUUCUUGUAAACUUCCGGGGUCAAUGGCUGUGCACUGCAGCGCAAGAUGGGAAAGGUUCGUCUAAAUGACAAGCACCAUCUUAAUGUACCAUUUAACAACAGAGGAGCAGGAUGAACUGUGCAUGUCAACGAUGAUCAUUAUUAUUCAGAAAAAGAUUGUUUCUGCUCGGGUGAUUAAAAAAUAUAUAUGGUCUUGUUCUGCCAUCAAGAUGUUUUUCCUCCACAAGCAAGUCACAUCCAUUCUUUUGCAUCUUAAUAGUGUUUACUCGUGUUGGAUUAAGAGAUGUAAUAAUGUAUGUGUGUGUGGGCGAGUGCAGAGAGUGUGUGUGUGAGUGUGCGAGUGUGCACGUGCAUGUAUGCGCUGGCUCUCUGUCAAACUCCACAUACAGAAACUGACUUUGUGAAUACAGUGUACAUUUCAGACCACAUUUAUAACAU